GUUUAUCUCUAGCAGUUCACUGUAAUAUAUGUGUUUACAUAGCUAUAAAUCAAAUAUGUACAGAAUAUAAGCUCACUGGUAUUACAAGUUAAAUCUUGUGGUUCCAUCUCGUGUGUCUUUUCCUCUUACAAAUUUGACAACACUUGUGUGUCUCUGCCUCUUACAAGUCAAGCCUUGCAUCUUACAAGUCAGCUCGGGUGGCCCUGUGUCUUAAAUUUCAGCUUUUGUAGCUCUGCCUUUUACAAGUCAGCUCAUGUUGCACUGCGUCUUACAUGUAAUUUCUUUUGGCCCUGUCUCUAAGACCGCUCCUGUGUGUAUCUUUUACAAAUGAGCUCUUAUGGCUCUGCUUCAACAAGUCAUCUUGUGCUGCUCUGCUUUUUAGGAGUCUCUGCCUCUACAAUUCAACUCUUGUGCAUCCAGCUCUUACAAUUCAACUCUUGUGCAUCCAGCUCCUACAGAUCAACUCUUGUGUAUCCAGUUCUUACAGAUCAACUCUUGUGUAUCCAGUUCUUACAGUUCAACUCUUGUGCAUCCAGCUCCUACAGAUCAACUCUUGUGUAUCCAGUUCUUACAGAUCAACUCUUGUGUAUCCAGUUCUUACAGUUCAACUCUUGUGCAUCCAGUUCUUACAGAUCAACUCUUGUGCAUCCAGUUCUUACAGAUCAACUCUUGUGUAUCCAGUUCUUACAGAUCAACUCUUGUGUAUCCAGUUCUUACAGAUCAACUCUUGUGUAUCCAGUUCUUACAGAUCAACUCUUGUGUAUCCAGUUCUUACAAUUCAACUCUUGUGUAUCCAGUUCUUACAGAUCAACUCUUGUGCAUCCAGUUCUUACAGAUCAACUCUUGUGUAUCCAGUUUUUACAGAUCAACUCUUGUGUAUCCAGCUAUUACAGAUCAACUCUUGGCUGUCGUGGUUGAACUCUGGUGGCCCUGGCUGUUGCAGCUAGCUUGUCUCUGAUGUUUUAAGCAUUACAGAGUCAGUUGCAGCUAGAAAAGAAGAUGACCGUUCUAUUGCUGUGUGUAGGAGUUCAACAGUGGUAGCCAAGAUCAGCAAAAGUGGAGCAGACCAGCAAACACAAAGAGUUCGGCAUUGCCAAAGCUUUGUCUAGCAUUUUCAGACUUCUGCAAACAGUUGUCAUGGAGACAGGAUAUGGACAAAUAAACUCAGAAACCUCAAAUGUGUUGCAGCAGAGUGAUUCACCAGAUUUACUGGACAAUGGAAAACAUAACGUGAAAACGGCCUCCAAUGACUCUUUCUCCGAGUUCAUGACGCGUUGUGCACCCACUGUUCCCAAUGGGCCCACACUCAGCAGGCGGGCAGACCGGCAUUAUUCAAAGCGUAUGCGACGACGACUGGUAUACAAAAAUGGUGAGGUAAACAUUACACAAACAAACAUACGCAAACGUCGCCGACGAUUUCUUGCCGAUAUUUUCACAACUUUGGUCGACAUUAAAUGGAGAUACAAUUUGUUACUCUUUGCUCUGGCAUUCAUUUUGAGCUGGCUCAUAUUUGCAGUGAUUUGGUGGUUGAUCUGUUUUUCACAUGGAGACCUAGAGCAACCAACAAUGAAAAACCCAAAACAUGUACCAUGCGUGAAAGAAAUGCAUUCCUUCACAUCAGCAUUGCUGUUCUCCAUCGAGACACAACAUACAAUAGGGUAUGGUUCCCGGCACACUACAGAGGAGUGUCCAGAGGCCAUCACUGUCAUGAUGAUUCAGUCAUGCUUUGGAGUCAUUUGUCAGGCCAUGAUGACGGGAAUCGUAUUUGCUAAGCUGUCUCGACCAAAAAAGCGAGCAGAAACACUCAUGUUCAGCAAAAAUGCUUGCAUUUGCAAACAAGAUGGGGAACUUUGUUUGCUAAUAAGGGUGGGAGAUAUGCGAAAAUCUCACAUUGUGGAAGCUCAUGUCAGGGCUGUUGUGAUAAAAAAGAAAAUAACUAAAGAAGGAGAGGUUCUGCCUCUCUUUCAGUUUGAUGUAAACUUGGGCUUUGAGGAUGGUAGUGAUCGACUCUUUUUAGUGUGGCCGGUGAUCAUUAGCCACAGAAUUGAUGAAAAUAGUCCAUUUUGGGAAAUGUCUCCUGAGGAUCUGCACAGAGAACAGUUCGAGUUGAUUGUCAUUUUAGAAGGUAUUGUAGAGUCUACUGGAAUGACCACCCAAGCCAGAAGUUCCUACCUUCCAGGGGAAAUCCUCUGGGGACACAGGUUUGAACGCUUGGUCACUUUUCAAAAAGAAAAUGGCCAAUAUCAGAUUGACUUUUCUCGUUUUCACAACACUAUGCCUGUAGACACCCCCCAGUGCAGUGCUAAGGAGCUUGCGGAAAUGGGGGAUAUUUUGCAAGAACAUGCAUACAUUGAUGAAGAUGAAAAUACAUCCAUAUGCUCCCAAAAGCAAGAUGGAUUUCCAAGCCCUUAUGUGAUAAAAAGGCAUGGAGCUGCCCAGACAGACUUUGACGAUGAUCUAGAUUCAAAUGAUAGUUCAAUUCCAAGUCGCAUAGCCACAGAGGAAUCGGAGACGUUGCUAUGACAACUGAAGCAUUUGUAAACCUUUGAAAUAACCAUUUCUCCCUAAGAUUAUGAUGUGUAAGUGGUGCCGUAUUUGCUUCCUGCAGUGAUAUAGAAGCGUGGAGCACAGUCACUACCCAUAGCUGUAUCAUCCAGAUUUCUUCUUUCUUUAGCAUUAUUUGGAAAAAAGAAGGUUGCAUUGAUUUUUGCUUAUUUUGAGGAUGAAAUCUCUUUUUGUCAUGGUGCUGAGUAUUUUAACUGCCAUUUGCAGUGUAUUAGGAUGUGAAAAGUGUUAUAUGUAAAAAUAUCAUGUACUUUUAAGUUUAAUUAUUGAAUACAAUGCUAGAUUUAUUAUAUAUGUUCACUACCUGUUCUUACUAGUCCAGUAGAAUUGUAAAUAUUGUAGGCAGACUUUUUUCACAUGGUACAUAUUUCCACUUAAUUCUCAGUCAUAAAAAAAAUCCAGAGUUUUUUUUACUAGCAAAUUAAAAUGCACUAAAGAUGAUGACUACUAUGCUUAUAAUAGAACUGCACACAAAUCUGAGUUUCGUAUCCAUGGACUUAAUAGAAAAGUGAUUUUAACCUCAUUGAAAAAAGUAUGUCUACUAUAAAUUAUUGCUGUAUAACAUCUUACAAGUGCAGUGAAACUUGUCUGAUCUGGAUAUGAUGGAUACCAUUAAAAAAAUGUGAAGAUUAGGAAUACAGCGGAUUUUCUAGCGACAAGUACUGAAAUCAGUGUUAGGUUUACACAACAUUUUGGUCUGCACAACAUGUGGAAUAGACAAUUGUUCCUGUGUUAUAGAUUUCCUGAUCUAACAAAUAUAGCCCUCUUUCAUAUUGGUCAUUUAGUUUGUUCCUCAGGAGAGUCGCUGAUCAUAUCAUUUUAUGUUCUCUGUCCACACAUUUAUUUUGAAACGCAUAUAUUUGUUUUUCUUUGUGCAAAUAAUUUUAAAGUUUAAAUGUUUAUAUACAUAGAAUGUUCUCUGUCUGCACUUUUUGAGACACAUAUAUUUGUCAUUCUUCAUGCAAAUAAUUUUAAAGUUUACAUUUUUAUAUACACAGAACAACUUGCUUUUAAACUGCCUCUCACAGUGAGCUGGGAUUUAUAACUUGUUAAUUAAUCUCUACACUAGUAUACUGAGAUGUACAUGUAAAGCUGGUAUUCAUAAAGGAAAAAUGCUACAAAGAAGAUUCCCUCAGUAAUUAAUGACGUGUUGUAAGUUGCAGGUGCUUGAUACCACAGUAAGGAAUGUUGUUGUGUUGAGUUGUAAGUUGCAGGUGCUUAUGGGUUGAAUUUGACCAGGUACAGACUGGGAUAGCAAGAAUCAUUGGACUGACCAAGUUUUAUUACUGUAUAUAUAUCCUAUUUUUAUAAUCAGAUGCAUCAAAUUCAGGAAAUCUUUUAAAUCUAUAUGUAUUUGUUUAGAAGUAAAUCAAUUUACAGUGUUUAUUUGGCACAUGACAGUUGAAAGUUUUUUAUGAUUAUAACAAUUGAUAGUACUGAAGAAGCAAAAAACACAGGUGAUAAAUUUUGUAAAUUUUAUUUUUAAGGACAGAUUUUUAAAGCCUCCUAUAUUAGCCAAAACUUGAGUGACAGCACUAUGGUAUGACAAGUUGAGGUUGUGUUUCCUUUGGUUGUUACAUGUGCACUUGUACCAUGCUGUACAAAGUUUCAUUUUCUGCUUUUGUUUCUUACUUUUAGCUCACCUGAACUAUAAGUUUAUUUGAGCUUUUCUGAUCACCUGUUGUCCAUCCAUCUGCAAACUUUACACAUUUUUUACUUCUACUCUAGAAACACUAGACCAGUUUCAACCACUUUUUGGGUAAAGGGCAUACAAAAUUGCUUAAAUGAAGGGUCACACCUUUUUCAAAGGUAUUAUAAGAAAUUGUGAAAAUAUGUUGGCAAUUUUUAAAAAUCCUCCUAAAAAACCAUUGCACCAGAAAAGAUAAAACUUAUCAGAAAGCUUUGUUCUUGAGUGUAGAUUCAAAGUUGUUCAAAUCAUGGCACAUGGAGGUGGGGUGGGGCCACAAUAGGGUAUCUUAGUUUCACAUGGGGAUAUUUAGGAAAAAAUCUUUUGAAAUCAUCUCGAGAACAGCAGGGUCCUGGUUAUUAUAGUCAUGUGGGGUGUUAGAAUGGGCCUCAAUUGGGGAUAAGAAUGAAUAGGAGAAAUCUUUUAAAAGUAUUGUCCUCAAAAGAUAAGUCAUAUCAAUCGAUAUGCCAGGGUCUUAAGGAAAUCCAGAUUCAAGAUUCUUCAAAUCAAUGUUCUGCGGUAUGUUUUGGACACAGUAUCAAUUCAAAGUAUAUGGAGAAAAAAAUGUUUAAAUCUUCUUUUCAAGAACAACAGGACCAUGAUUAGUAUGCAAUCACCCACAGGUAGUGCUGAAACAAGUUUGUUUCAUUCUCUGGCUGGACAGGAAGGGUGGACCAACAAUAGGGGGUCAACAUUUUACAUGGGAAUAUACGUAAACAAAAUCUCAAGAACCUCCAACCAUGUUUAGUCAUUAAUAUGCAAGCAUUCCAAUGUAGUGUACAUUCAUAUUUGAACAAAUCAUGGGCCCUUGGCGGAGAGGGUCUAAUUAUCUCUUUUUUUUCAAGCUAUGUACCCUGAGGUUAGGGUAGAGCUAUCAAAUUUAUUUGAUGCAUAAAUAUAGGGGGGGGGGGUGUUAAAAAUCUCCAGAACAGCAAGGCCAAGGUAGUAAUACUGAUGGUGAAGCAUCCCCAUGUUGUGUGGAUUCAAGUCGUGGAGCUAGGGUGGGGUCAUAAUAUUGGGCCAAAAUUUUUCAUGGAAAUGCAGAGGGCAAAAUGUUGAAAAUCUUCUAAGGAACAGCAGGACAAGUUGACUCAGGUGAGCGUUGUGGCCCAUGGACCUCAUGUUCCUCCUAUUUCAUUCAGUAACUCCAAGGUCUUAUUGAUGGUGCAUGUCUAAACGGAAAUAAUUUAGCGUAAUCAGUAGCAUUGGUCAAGUAAGCACUUAAUCUCCUUCAGUGCAAAAAGUUCAUCUUAUUCCCUAGGGUUCUUCUACGGAGGAACAACUCCUGUCAAGUUAAUAUGACAAUAACUGCAGAGGGUUAUAUUAUUGUUCUUAAAACAGGUUAGCCAUUAUGCUUUAGUGCACAAGUUUCCUUAUCUAGGUAGUUAUUUCCUGUGUGCAAGACAAAAAAUUACAAAUGUGUUCAUAUGAUUCAUUUAUCAGAAUAUUCAAAACUAUUAUAAGCAUUCUCUUGAUUGUAUUUUUUCCAUAACAUGUAGAGUUUGAUAUUUUUCAAUGUACAUGAAUUAUUUUAUGAGAUUAAUAUUUCUAGAGUGUAUUAAUUUGUCAACCUUUUAUUAUUCUUUUAUCCUAGAUUUUAAAUAUUUCAUGUAUCUUUUUGUUUCAGAAAUAUUAAUUCCCAGAUAUGUGUGCCAUGGUGUGGUGCUGUUUCUCACACAUUAUUUGAUGUUUUUUGUCGGAUAUUUUGGGUUACCCUGUAUGUGUAUGUGUAUAUAUAUAUAUAUAUAUAUAUAUAUGGUAAAUACCUGAGGGCAUGAACUGAGCCACUUUACGUCAGCAUACUUCACGAAGUGCAUUGUACUUGAUGAACAGUAGGCUGGCAUGAAGCAUCACUGGUCAUACCAUCAGGUGUUCUCAGAAAGUGAAUUUUAUUUUUUCGUAUUUACUUUCAUUUCUAUUGGAAUAUUCCCAGCCGUAAAAAUAGUCACACUAUAUUUAUCAAGAAUCAUAUGCACAUUGUUCACAUUCAUGUAUUAAUGAGGAUAUGAUCGUAAAAAUAGUCACACUUUAUUUAUCAAGAAUCAGAUGCACAUUGUUCACAUUCAUGUAUUAAUGAGGAUAUGAUUGGUAAAGAUAUUGGAAGGUAAUAACAUUCGAAAUGUGUGGGUGGGUUUGGAGAGGGUUUUUUUGGGGUUUUUUUUUACAUAAAAGUAUAAUUUCAUUUAUAUAUUAAUGAAAAAUGAUGAAUAGAUCAGUUCAUUAAUUGAUGAUGGAAUAGAUUUUUAUCAGUGAUUUUGGAAAGAAAAUAUAUCAAAUUGAGUUUAUUGAUAGAACAUGCAUCUAUUUAAGAUAAUUCUGAAAAAAUUUUAUGUUUGUAUUUUAUUUACCAGUAUAGACUAGAUUUGCACAGAUUUUUAUCUUUGAUACCCGAUAUCAAAAUGUUUGAGAAACAGGAACUAACCAUUUACCACAUAUAUCAUACAUUGUUGGGUUUUUUUCUUAUGGUCAUAAUAUACUUUAGUGAUCCAGUAGAAUUUUUAUUUUUGAAAUUAAUCAGGAAAUGCAAAAUAUUUACGCCUUGUUUUAUUAUGUACAUGUAUUUACACUCUAGUGGAUUAAUUCUUAUUUGCAAUGCUGGUCUCAAAUUUGAUGAUAUAUUUUAUGCAUAAUACGUACAUAUCCGUGAAUGAAGGAAGAUGCACUUGUAUUCACAUAGAGAUAUAAUAUGCGUACUUUUUUAAUAUAUACUUGUGUCGGUGUGAUUGUUUUAUACAAUUAUUAUUAAUUCUUACAGAAUCUCAACAUUUUGACUUGUUACCAUGGCAGUUGCUAAAUUUGUGAAAUGGCGUAUCGUUUGGACUCAUUUGUCUACUUAAUGACUGUUUCUUUGGUUUUAUCAAACUUGAUGCCAUGUUGAUGUGUGAUAAAGAUAUUUCUUAUGUUGUAUUUUAGACUAUUGCAGAAUCAGGGGGGUAGAAAAUGGGUCUAGAUUUUUCAUUAUAUGAUACAUCUAUUGUACAUAUGUAUUAACUUCAUUGUGUUGCAAUACUAGCUGCUUACUCAAUGUUUUGAGCAAAAACAAGUAAGAAAAAGAAUAGAUUUAGUUUUACAAGGUAAUAUUGUACUUGUUCUGCACAAGUUGUCAUAGGUUUUGGUUCAUCAUUAGAAGUCAUUGUUCAUCUCUUCCUAUUUGCUUACAAAAGAUUAUUUUCAAUAUGUUUUACAAUAGAUACAAAUGAUACAGUGCUGUGAUGCUCUCUUUAUGAUAAUUCCCUUCAUGCUUAUGAUUUUUCAUGGAACAAAUUACAGCUAUCUUGUUAUAAGCAGUUAUAUGUUUUGAAGUUGACAAAUGAAUAAGAAGCAAACUUAUGAUACACUUACAAUAUGAUACACUUACAAUAUAAUACAUUUACAAUAUGAUACACUUAAAGAUAUGAUACACUCACAAUACAAUACAUUUACAAUACAAUACACUUACUAUAUGAUACACUUACAAUACAAUGUAUUUACAAUAUGAUACACUUACUAUAUGAUACACUUACAAUAUGAUACACUUACUGUAUGAUACACUUACUAUAUGAUACACUUACAAUAUGAUACAUUCACAAUAUGAUACACUUACUAUAUGAUACAUUCACAAUAUGAUAAACUCACAAUAUGAUACACUCACUAUAUGAUACACUUACAUUAUGAUACACUUACAAUAUGAUACAUUUACAAUAUGAUACACUUACAAUAUGAUACACUUACAAUAGGAUAAACUCACAAUAUGAUACAUUCACAAUAUGAUACACUUACAAUAUGAUACAUAUACAAGGGAUCCAUUGAUGCCCAUACAAUAUAUAUCAAAUCCUUGAAAGAAUUUACUUAGUGGCCUUUUUUUGUGAAGUGUUUUUUAUUUGAUACAACCCCUUAAACUUUCUUGGAGAUAAGACUUCUACAUGCAUGAUACCAUGGUUGCUCCGAGAUUUGAAGAAUGCUUAUUUUUUCGUUAGACCAUGUUUUGUUGCUUUUUGGUGCUAGCCAAAUGUUUUCCAUUUUCUAACCUUUUUAUCUUCUCUUGUAUUGCAAUUUUUACACUGCAAGUCCCCAAAAAAAUCCAUACUGAAUAUAAAAGUCAUGGAAUGUAUUUACUACCAGUCUUUUGUAUGAAAGUUUUUAUAUAUCAUUUAAAAAUAUUUGAUCUUUUCGUGUUUUAUAUAAUUGUUUUCUGUUUUCCAUAUUUAUAGAAUAAUCUGUUUUAACUAACCACACUAAAGCACGUGAUGCAGUACCUGCUGUUUUGGUAGAGAAACGGGUGUUUCCGUGCUAUUUCACUGGACUUUCAACAUGUAAGGACAGAAUCCUUAUAAAUUUAAGUCCCAGACCCAAAUUGAUAAUUUGUUUCAGUUACAUAUUAACAUACUAGAAAACACAUAGGAACUACUCUCUUUUUUUUUCUUAACUUUCGUUUUUUAGUUUACAAUUUCACACUAAUUUUGAUCUUGGGAACAAGCAGAAGAGAGUUAAACUGUUCCUAUCCUUGAAGGACAGGAGGAGUUAAGGUUCUUUGAUAAUGGUAGCAAAUUACAUGGAGCAUGGGAACAAAAUUUGGGAAUAAUUUCUAGGUGGAAAAAUUAUGAGGAAUCCUGCCAAAAGUAAGAAUGUAUUUUUAAAAAAAUAUUUAAUACAUACUUGCCAUACUUAUCAUUUUGCUUACUUUAGUAAUACAAGAAAACACAUAGAUAGUAAUCUGUUGUUGACUGUGGGAACUAGUGCUGGGUCUCUGAAUGAGUUAUGAUGAUGUAGAAUUAUAUUGUAUUGAAUUUCAGUUGGAAAAAAAAAUGAGAUUGAUAUUUUCUCAUUCUUGUGUGUAUGUUUGAAGAAUAAAUGUAAAUAAAAUAUU